UUGAUUACUUCGAUACUUGAUAUUUCAAGUCAGUACGAUGAAAUGCUUCCAACGAGUGACACCGAUAACGGGGCAAUGGGAAGAUGGAAGGUAUUGAUUUUGGAUGAUUUUACAAAACAACAAAUUACUCCGCUAUUUCACAACUCGGAUCUUCGUAAAAAUGGAGUAACGCUCCACCUGCAGAUUAAUGACAAACGCGAGCCUAUAAAGGGUGUGCCUGCAGUGUAUUACGUCGAACCAACAGAGGAAAACAUCCGGCGAAUUGUAAAAGACUGUGCGGUCCCUAUAUAUGAAAUUAACUAUGUUAAUUUUUCUUCCAGUCUCUCUCGUGAAUUGAUGACCCUAUUUGCCCAGCUAAGUGUGGAAAAUAACUGUUCUCAGCGAAUUAAUCGUGUGUAUGAUUGCUACAUCGGAGGCAUUGCUCUGGAGCCCACUCUCUUCACCUUCCAAAAACAUCACAUCUUUUCGCUCAUCAACAAUCCGCAGUCCGACGAAUCCGAGAUCGAAGCUGUGGUGGGGCAGCAGAUUCCUCAGGAGUUGCUCUCUCUGGUGAUUUCGAUGGCGGCCGUCCCCACCAUCCGCUGCUCCAACGGCGGAGCUGCCAGUAUGAUCGCUUCGACGCUCUCCGCGUUGAUUCGCGACCAGUUGGUACGAUUCGGUGUGCGAGAUUGA